UCACACUCACAGUUCUCUGUCUCUGCCCGACGCUGCUCAGUGCUCGCCCUCGACGAGUUCCUCAACGAAUCUCCACACGGAGUCGGGCCUCAAGUCCCUCGACGAGUUCCUCUCCGGCAAGACCUACAUCUCCGUGUAACGCUUCCUCGACGAGUUCCUCUCCGGCAGGACCUACAUCUCCGAGUAACGCUUCCUCGACGAAUCGGGCGAUCACCUUCUCGGAUCUCCACACGGAGUCAGGCCUCAAGUCCCUUCCAGGCGGUGGUGUUGGCCGGCGGCUUCUCGAAGAAGCUCAUCCCCCUCGUCUCUAAGGUCACUCCCUCCACCUUCUUGCGGUUCGGAGAUUUUCUCCGAGGAACUGAUGCAUUCUACUUCGAGAACGAUUCUCGAAGGCUUUUCUCAUCCUUCUUCGUCUUUGUUUUUAUUUUCAUCUCGGUUCGAAUUCGUUGCAAGAGGUGCCGAAGGCGCUGCUUCCGGUGGCCAACCGCCCUGUCCUCUCCUACGUCUUGGAGCUCCUGGAGCAAAGUAACCUCAAGGAUCUCAUCGUCAUGAGUUCUCUCUCCCGCUCGUUCUCUUUCUUUGCCCUAAUCGGGGUUGCCAACAUGUUGUGGUCUGCAUUCGCAAGCGCUUUUUGAGAAAAAGUGAAGAGCUUGCCCGUGCAUCUUUGGAGCAGGGUGAGGAUGUUGGCAAUGUCGGCAACAAAGUCGUUUUAGGUCCUAAGGGAAGUUGGAAGGCUAGUGCUCUCGGCAGCUUCUCUUAGCUGAUUCCUGACGAUCUUGGGUUGCCUACAUUGCUCUCGUUGUCUUAAAAGAACCUGAUUGCUGCAGAAGAGAAUGAAUCAAUAAACUCAACUCGCUCGCAUUGAACAAAAAUAGAGUUGUCAUUUGGAAGCAAUUCCCCGUGAAGGAAAUUCUUCACAACCAACCUCUGCAUCAGUUCCGCAUACAUCUCCAUGGCAGCAUCUACAAAUUAGUCAGAGGAACAAGAGAAACGACUGUAUUAAAGUUUCAAUAACACCAUUUGAAGGAGCACAAGUCAAUUUCCCAGCAUUAUGUGAAAUUAAGGUUAAGUCACGAGCACAUUGAGAUGCCACUUUUCCUAGUCCCAUCUUCAAAACUUGCCUAACAACCAGAACUUACCUCAAGCGUUUCAUCCAAAUUAGAGCAGACUACGUACAGACCAAUCUCCGAGUGCAAAGUUAAUGUAUCAAGAUAACACGUCAAUGGAGGUAGAGGGACGUGAGGAGAUGACUUCGAUUACGGAAUUGGAGUUUUCUGGCGAUGAAAUUGAAAAAGAGGCAUCCCCUACCAAGAGUGCCAAAAAUAAGGUACCUGAUUAUCAUCUUCCUCAUGAUAAGAAAUAUACAUCCGAAUGUUGGAAACAUUAUGCAAGAAUCAAUGAUAAGGAUGAAAAAACAUAUCAAGUGAAGUGCAUUCAUUAUGGGUUUGUGCUUAAGUACCGUGUUGCUAACGGUACUUCUGUAAUGAGGAAGCACUUGACCACAUGCAAGAGGUUUCCCCGUAAUGUAGAGAAAAGGCAGAAAUUCUUUGCACCACGUAAUGUAGACAUGGCUAGCAAGGCGAGAGGAGAUUCUAGUACUGGUAGCGUCUUAUCGACAUGGUCAUUUAAUCAAGAACGUUGUAGGCGAAUGCUUGCUCAUUUCAUCAUUCUUGAUGAGCAACAUUUUUCCUUGGUUGAGCAUAUUGGAUUUCGUGAUUUUGUCAGUGAGUUACAACCCCUCUUCAAACAUUUAUCACGUUUCACAAUGGCAAAAAAUUGCAUGAAGUUGUAUUUAUAUGAAAGAACUUCUUUGAAGAAUUAUUUUGAAAAUAUUAAUUCUAGGAUCACACUCACGACUGAUAUAUGGAGUUCCAUUUAAAAUCUGAAUUAUUUGUAUCUCAUUGCAUAUUUUAUUAAUGAAAAUUGGAAGUUGCAUAAAAGAAUUAUUAACUUUGUGGUAAUGCAUAGUCACAUGGGUAGGGAGAUUGGAAAAAUGGUAGAGAAAUGCAUUCAAAAGUGGGGAAUAGAAAAAAAGGUGUCCACAAUUACUGAGGACAAUGCUAACUCGAAUGAUGUUGCAAUUGGCUAUUUGAAGGAAAAACUUUCGAAAGAAAGAUCGUUGAUAUUAGAUGGUAGUAUUUUGCACAUGAGGUGCACAGCUCAUAUAUUGAAUUUGAUUAUGAGAGAUGGCUUGACUACGGUACGUGACUCAAUUGCACGUAUCCGAAAUGUGGUUAGGUAUGUAAGGAGUUCUCCCACGAGAGCUAAAGCAUUUCAAUCUUGCAUUAAGAGAGAACAGAUCACUUAUAAGGGUUCAGUAGUUCUUAACGUUGCCACUAGAUGAAACUCCACUUAUCUCAUGUUAGACACUGCCAUAAAGUUCAAAAAAGCUUUCGAAAGAAUGGAAAAAGACGAUCUAUCUUUAGCAAGAUAGCUUAAUCAUGAAAUUCCUAGUGAUGAUGAUUGGGAAAAUGCUAUUAUUCUUUCGGAAUUAUAGAAAGUAUUCUAUGAUGCCACCAAUCGGAUGUCGGGAAGUUCAUAUGUUACUUCAAAUGAUUAUUUUGAAGGGAUAGCUCUUCUGUAUAGAUAUUUGAAAGAUGCAAUCAAUGUUUCGGAUCCUAAGCUUCAAGCUAUGGGUGUGAAAAUGAAAGAAAAAUUUGAUAAAUAUUAUGGAAAAUUAGAUAAAGUGAAUAUGAUGGUGUUGAUUGUGGUUAUGUUGGAUCCUAGAGCCAAGUUGAAUUAUAUGAGUUUCUUGUAUGGACAAAUUUAUGAUGAUGAAUCAAAAAUUAAAGAGAUGCAUUACAAGGUCAAGGAUACAUUAAAGCGUUUGUAUAAAUUUUAUGAGCAAUAUUCUCUUAUUUCAAGUGAUUGAAAUUUAAGCGGCCAUAGUUUGGAUGCAAGUAGUAGUGGUUUCAAUGCCGAUACAGGUGGUAAUGAAGGAAUAAAGAAGUAUGACGUCCAAGCUUGGAAGAAAAUGUUUUUAUACUCAAAUGAACAAAUGUGCGAUGGCAACAAAUCCGAGCUUGAUGAGUAUCUUCAAAAAAAAAAUGAAAAGGUUCUUGAUUUUGAUCUUUUGAUAUGGUGGAAGACUACUGGCUCAAAAUAUAAGAUUCUUUCUUUGAUGGCUAGAGAUAUUUUAUCCAUUCCCGUAACUACCGUUGCUUUAGAGUCAAUUUUUAGUACAUCAGAUCGUGUGCUUGAUGGCUUUCAAAGUUUUUUAACUCCCAAAGUAGUGGAAGCUUUGAUUUGCACUCGAGAUUGGUCGAGAGUCAUUCGUGUAUCGAUUGAUGUUGAAGAAUGCAUCGAGAACACAGAAAAAUUUAAAUUAGAUAUGGAUGGUCUUAAUGCGGAGAUUAUCAUUGAUAAAUAGAGUUGGUGUUUCAAUCCCUGGUAUGUACUAGAGGAGGCCUCACCUCGGCGGCUGCUAAGCAAAGGCUGGAACUUUUUGGCCACAACAAGCUUGAAGAGAAGAAGGCACUGAGAUCACUCAUUGUUUUAGGGGCAAGCGUCCAGAUUGGCAAGAUUUCAUAGGCAUCGUCACUCAUUGUCUUUUGAUUUGACCAAUGUGUGUGUGUCUGUGGGUCUUUGUUGGUAAUAAAGAUUUGCACUUUGUUGAUUUGUUUAACGAGAGCAAAUUCUUGAAGUUCUUGGGGUUCAUGUGGAAUCCCCUGUCUUGGGUCAUGGAGCUUGCUGCUAUCAUGGCCAUCGCACUUACAAAUGGGGGGGGCAAGCCUCCAGAUUGGCAAGAUUUCAUAGGCAUCGUCACUCUUCUGUUUAUAAACUCCGCUAUUAGCUUUAUCGAGGAGAACAAUGCCGGUAAUGUUGCAGUUGCGCUCAUGGCUCAUCUCGCUCCCAAAGCUAAGUGAUUCACACGUAUGAUGUAGGUACUUAGAGAUGGAAGAUAAGACAUUUAGUGCAGGAAGCAUUGGGAGAAGCUACAAAGGCGAGUUUCAACGGUUUCAACUAUUUCCAAAGGUAUCUGAAGACGUACCAAUUCUAGCAAAUCAGUUCUAUGUCAUGGUUUCGCAUCCGAAUGGUAAAAAGUUUUCAACAGUAUUAUGUCCAAAGACUGCUGGGAUGCCCAAAGAGUCAACAGGUUCAGGGACUGAAUGUUGGGAUUGGAACUUGAAUGGGGAUAAGUGUACAUACCAUGCUUUGUUUCCAAGGGCAUGGACAAUAUAUGAUGGUUUCCAAUCAAGGAAGAACUUCUGCAGGUCCUUGCUCUUUACAUGGGUGAACUCUGUGGGAGGAGUAUCAGGUUUUUCCGGCGCGCAUUUCAACUCUAAUAUGGAACCAUUGAUGGUAUUCAUGGAAUUCUCUUACAUCACAGGUGAAUUUCGACAUUCAAAUCUUAAUUUAAUUGCCACUUCAAUGCCCAUGUUGCCCGUCUUAUUUCUUGGUCAUACUUAUUCACUAUCCAGAACUGCAAAUGGAGAUCCACCCGUGACUUUCGCUAUUGUAGCUGAGGAAUCUUCUGAUGUACAUAUUUCUAAGUGUCCUUAUUUCCUUAUUUCUGGUACAUCCCAUGGUUUCACGGCAAAGGAUAUGUGGUAUGAAAUUAAAAAGAAUGGGUCAUUUGAUCAUACCGUCCAGAAUGAUAAUCUCGUUCUAUCAGAAGCAGGUUCGUCUAUCGGUGCUGCCAUGGUUGCCUCUUUGGUAGUUCCUCCAGAUUUGUUCGUACAGUUACAUUUUCAUUGGCAUGGGAUUGCCCAGAGGUGAGAUUUGGCGACAAUGUGUAUUACAGGUCAAGAAUAUAGCAGUGGAGAUAUUGGAUUUCUAUGAGAACCGUACAUCGAUCACAGAAGAGAGAGUAAAUGCUGCUUUGAACAAGUUGGCUAUGAAAGCAUAAACAUUAGGUGAGUCUUAUGCUCGCCAUGAGAGAUCUUGUUGCAUAUGAUACAAUCGAAAUUUGGUUAUUGGUGAUAGAAGACACUUAGAAUAGUUUGGUGAUAGCUCUCUUGUAUGAAGUGAGACAUUUGACACCAUUGAAUGUUCCCUUCUCUUUUCUAAUUAGGGAUAAGUGUUGCAGAAGUCCUAAAACUUGUCACGAAAAAUGCAAUUGAGUCAU